UGAAAAACACACUGAGACUGUGCGAGGGAGUGAGAUAGUCUCAUUUCGCGUCACGCUCGCGAUCUUGAUCCAGUAAUCCAAUUGAAUAUCCCCCACCCCCACCGUCGUCUUCACCCUAAACCAAAAACCUCCGUUCCAAACGGCGCUGCUGGAGAGCCUUAAUUCUCUCUCUAGAAAUUCAUCAAUGGCGAAUCCACCCCACUUCUAGUCCAGCAGCAAUCCUCAACACUUCGCUGAUCAGUCGAUUACCGAUCUAGGACCACCAAUCCGUCCAUCCAUCCAUCAGAUAUGGGGGGCAAAACGGAGGCCGCCAACGGCCCCGCCAAAUCACCCGCCGCCACCGCCAAGCCAGAUCUGCUACCAGCCUCGCCCACCCUCCUCUCGCUGCUCUCCGACCACUUGAAAUCCCUGAAGCUCAAGACGAAGCAGCAGGAGCUCCUGAUCCGGGUGAGCCUCCUGGGCCUGGUCUACGUCCUGGCCUUCGUCACCCGCCUCUUCAGCGUCCUCCGCUACGAGAGCAUGAUCCACGAGUUCGACCCUUACUUCAACUACCGCACCACGCUCUUCCUCACCGAGAAGGGAUUCUACGAGUUCUGGAACUGGUUCGACUACGAGAGCUGGUACCCCUUGGGUCGGAUCGUGGGCGGGACGCUUUACCCCGGGCUGAUGCUCACCGCCGCCCUCAUCUACUGGACCUUAAGGUUUCUCCGUUUCGCUGUUCAUAUACGUGAGGUUUGUGUAUUGACGGCGCCUUUCUUCGCGUCGAAUACGACUAUCGUUGCGUAUUUCUUUGGGAAAGAGCUGUGGGAUUCCGGGGCCGGGCUGGUCGCCGCCGCGCUCAUCGCCAUUUGCCCGGGUUACAUCUCCAGGUCUGUGGCCGGCUCUUACGAUAACGAAGGUGUUGCCAUUUUCGCUUUGCUGCUCACUUUCUACCUGUUUGUUAAGGCCGUCAAUACCGGCUCACUUGCUUGGGCUUUGGGAUCAGCAUUUGGCUACUUCUAUAUGGUUUCGGCGUGGGGUGGUUAUGUAUUCAUCAUUAAUCUUCUUCCACUCUAUGUGUUGGUUCUUUUGAUCACUGGGAGGUACUCCAUGAGGUUGUACGUCGCGUAUAAUUGCAUGUAUGUGUUGGGAAUGCUGCUUGCGAUGCAAAUUCGAUUUGUGGGUUUCCAGCAUGUGCAAUCUGGUGAACAUAUGGCAGCUAUGGGCGUGUUUUUCUUGAUGCAGGUGUUUUAUUUCUUGGACUGGGUGAAGUACCUUCUUAAUGAUUCAAAAUUGUUUCAAGCCUUUCUGAGGAUCACUGUAACCACUGCAGUAGGUGUGGGUGCUGUUGCUCUGGGAGUCGGCACUGCCUCUGGAUAUAUCUCUCCAUGGACCGGUCGAUUUUACUCUCUGCUGGAUCCAACUUAUGCCAAAGAUCACAUUCCCAUUAUUGCAUCUGUUUCUGAGCAUCAGCCAACAGCGUGGUCAUCAUUCAUGUUCGAUUUCCAUAUUUUGCUUUUCCUUUUCCCAGCGGGUCUGUAUUUUUGCUUCAAGCGGUUGUCCGAUGCCACAAUAUUUAUAGUUAUGUAUGGUCUCACGAGCAUGUAUUUUGCUGGAGUCAUGGUGCGGUUAAUUCUUGUCGCUACACCUGCAGUAUGCCUUAUUAGUGCUAUUGCAGUCUCUGCCACUGUAAAGAACUUAACUCUGCUGGUCAGGGCAAAGAGCAAGGUUGCAAAUUCUGGUGCUGGCAAGGGAGCAUCUAGUGGAAAGGCUUCUUCUAAGGGUUUGCCCGAUCAGUCUAUGCCUUUCCAGAGAAAUGGUGCUAUCGCACUGCUUGUUGGUGCUUUCUACUUGCUCAGUAGAUAUGCAACCCAUUGCACUUGGGUAACAUCAGAGGCGUAUUCAUCUCCAUCCAUUGUCUUAGCUGCAAGGGGUGCACAUGGUAACAGGGUCAUUUUUGAUGAUUACCGUGAAGCAUAUUUCUGGCUUCGGCAGAAUACUCCACCUGAUGCUAAGGUGAUGUCCUGGUGGGACUAUGGGUACCAGAUCACUGCGAUGGGAAACAGAACUGUGAUAGUAGAUAACAACACCUGGAACAAUACACACAUCGCUACUGUUGGAAGGGCAAUGUCAUCUUAUGAAGAUGAAGCAUAUGAUAUAAUGAGAUCACUGGAUGUGGAUUAUGUUCUAGUUGUAUUUGGAGGUGUCACUGGUUAUUCUUCAGAUGAUAUUAACAAAUUUUUGUGGAUGGUGAGAAUCGGAGGCGGUGUUUUUCCUGUCAUCAAGGAACCGGAUUAUCUUGUCAAUGGCGAGUAUCGUGUCGACAAAGGGGCAGCUCCAAAGAUGUUGAACUGUCUCAUGUACAAGCUGUCUUACUAUCGGUUUGGGGAGCUGACGACAGAGUAUGGAAAACCUUCGGGGUAUGAUCGAGCAAGGGGGGUCGAAAUUGGAAAUAAAGAUGUGAAACUUGAAUACCUGGAAGAGGCAUUCACCACAUCUAACUGGAUAGUUCGGAUAUACAAAGUUAAACCACCCAACAAUAGGUGGUGAGUAACAUGACCUCUAGCGCCAACAUCCAUCCUGGCUCGUUUUUUCUGCAGGGCAUGAACGAAAAGUUGAGCUUUGAAAUCUUUUAGUCCUGUAUACAUUCUGAAAUAGAACCAGUUUUUUACUGUUAGAGUUUUUUGGUUUUAGCAAACAAGGCUUGUACAAUCCAGAAUCUUUUUUUGGAAUUUCAUGGUAACUCUUUGACGAAGAUGUUGUCGGGAGCGGUCACUGCUGAGCAGAAUUGUAGUUGACUCGGUUAUCGAACUAAGAGUUACUUUUUCGGCUAGCAAA